GGUAGGCCGGACUAUGGAGGAACCUGCCAUGCCUCAUGAUUCAGCAGAGGACUUAGUUCACUUCAACGUUGGGGGCUGGCAUUUCUCAGUGCCCAGAAGCAAGCUUGCUCAGUUUCCUGACUCCCUGUUGUGGAAAGAGGCUUUGGCCUUGACUGCUUCUGACAGACAGCGGCUCUUCAUCGACAGGGAUGGCUCCACAUUUAGACACGUGCACUACUACCUCUACACCUCCAAACUCUCCUUUUCCAGUUGCGCAGAGCUGAACUUGCUGUAUGAGCAAGCACUAGGUUUGCAGCUGAUGCCGUUAUUACAGACCCUGGACCACCUGAAGGAAGGAAAACACCACCUCCGUGCGCGGCCUGCAGACGUCCCCGUCGCUGAGAGAGCAUCUUUGAACUACUGGCGUACGUGGAAAUGUAUCAGCAAACCCUCAGAAUUUCCUAUUAAAAGCCCAGCCUUCACAGGCCUGCACGAUAAGGCGCCCUUGGGGCUCAUGGACACGCCGCUUCUAGAUACAGAAGAGGAGGUUCACUACUACUUCCUGCCCCUCCACCUGGUGGCCAAGUACCCGAGCCUGGUGACCGAGGACAACCUGCUGUGGCUGGCUGAGACCGUGGCCCUGAUCGAGUGCGAGUGCGGCGACUUCCGCUUCAUCGUGAAUUGUCUCCGCUCUCAGAAGCUUUUACUCCCAGAUAACUUCUCCAACAUAGACGUAUUAGAAGCAGAAGUGGAGCUUCUAGAAAUCCCCGAGCUCGCGGAAGCCGUGAAAUUGUACCGCAUGAACAUGGGUGGCUGUUCCCGGGCCUCCUGCCCUCCCUCGAGCCCUGGGAAAGGCAGCCGUGCAGCAGGCCCACAGGCCGCGAAGCCCCUCUACGUGAUGGCCCUCGGUCUGCUGGUCAAGUACCCGGACUCGGCGCUGGGGCAGCUGCGCGUGGAGAGCACGUUGGACGGGAGCCACCUGUUCAUCACAGGCAACGGGGUCCUCUUCCAGCAUGUGAAAAACUGGCUGGGGACUUGCCGGCUGCCCCUGACGGAGACCAUUUCUGAGGUGUAUGAGCUCUGUGCCUUCCUGGACAAGAGGGACAUCACCUACGAGCCCAUGAAGGUGGCUCUGAAGACCCACCUGGAACCCAGGGCUUUGGCCCCCACAGGUGUGCUCAAUGAGGAGUGGACAGCCGACAUCACCGUACAUUCGCCCCAGCAGAUCAUCAGGGUUUACGUCGGGAGCCACUGGUAUGCCACCACGCUGCAGACCCUGCUGAAGUAUCCAGAACUGCUGUCCAACUCGCAGAGGAUGUACUGGAUCGCCUACGGCCAGACCCUGCUGGUCCACGGUGACGGACAGAUGUUCCGGCACGUCCUCAACUUCCUGAGGCUGGGAAAACUCUUCUUACCGUCUGAAUUUAAGGAAUGGCCCCUCUUCUGCCAGGAGGUGGAGGAAUACCAGAUCCCAGCCCUCUCAGAAGCCCUGGGCCAAUGUGAGGCGUACAAGUCUUGGACCCAGGAGAAGGAAUCUGAGCAUACAGGGGCUUUCCCCAUCAGGAGGCUGCAUGUGGUGACGGAAGGACCUGGGUCCCUGGUGGAGUUUAGCAGAGAAGCCAAAGAGAUGACAGCCUGCUUGCCUGUGGAGUUCCAGGACUGCGGUGACAGGGCCCCGUGGAACAAGGCCAAGGGGGCCCUGACCCGAUCCAGCCUGGUGGAGGGGGCUGGUGUCCUGUGCCGGGGUGCCAAGAGGGCCGGCAACCCCAGCACCUACGCACACUGCCCUGGUCUGUGUGCCAAUCCCAGACACUGGGGGUGCCACCCUGAGAGCCCCCCCAAGAAGAAGAGUGCCACAGUGACCCUCAUGCAGAAACCCGAAGCCAAAGACCCCCCUGUCACACCCAUGCAGAAGCUCAUCUCCCUGGUGAGGGAGUGGGACAUGGCCAACUGCAAGCAGUGGGAGUUCCAGCCACAGGCAGUCCCCCGCAGCAACUCAGAGGGGGAGGCCACCCUGCAGCUCCCCACCAGAAGUGGGGCUGCUUCCCAGCCCAGCACCUCAGCCACCUGGAAAGCUCAACCCCCAGCCUUGGAAAAAGACCCCAGUCCCCAGGCAGGGGCCAAAGACAAGGGAUCAGAGCCAGCCUUUAAGUCAUACUUGCCCGCGAGAAGAGCUAUCCCCCUGAAAGACUGGGGCAAGCAGAGGCCCAAGGAGAGGGAAAGCCCUGCUCAUGAGCAGCCUCUGCCUAAGGUGCCUGAGGUGGACAACAUGGGGGUCAUUCUCAAAGUGACCCACCCCCCUGUGGUGGGCAGCGAUGGCUCCUGCAUGUUCUUCGAGGACAGUAUCGUGUUCACCACGCAGAUAGACCAUCUCAGGAACAUGCCACCCACAGCCAGCCCCCAACCCCGAGAUGUGACAUUCUUGAGUUUCUCUCUGUCUUGGGAGGAGAUGUUUUAUGCACAGAAGUGUCACCGCUUCCUGACUGACAUCAUCCUAGAUUCCAUCAGGCAAAAGGACCCCAAAGUUGUCACGGCCAAGGUGGUGUCCCUGGCCAACCGCCUGUGGAGCCUACACAUGAGCCCGAAGCAGUUCGUGGUGGACCUGCUGGCCAUCGCCGGCUUCAAGGAUGACCAGCACACCCAGGAGCGCCUGUAUAGCUGGGUGGAGCUCACGCUGCCUUUUGCCCAGAAAUACGGCCGCUGUGUGGACCUGCUCAUCCAGAGGGGCCUGUCUCGGUCUGUCUCCUACUCCAUCCUGAGCAAGUACCUACAAGAGGGCUAGAUGCCGGCCCUGCAGACAGCCCCCCUCUCCCCCUACGGGCCCUUCCUUUUAACCGCCCACAAAGCAUGUGAACGCCCCAAGGUGCACAUCAACCUACUUUUUAUUGUAAACAAAUAAAAGAGUUAACCACAA